AUGAGCUCAAUGGUUCGAUCCGGGAUCUGGGUGCUUGCGGUUUUCUCCGUGAUUCAAUCAAGUUUUGGGUUUUACCUUCCAGGGAGCUAUCCUCAUAACUAUCAAGUUGGUGAUUAUCUUAACGUGAAGGUGAACUCUCUUACUUCGUUCGAGACGGAGAUGCCUUUUAGCUAUUAUAGUCUGCCCUUUUGCAAGCCCUCUGAAGGAAUUAAGGAUAGUGCUGAGAAUCUAGGUGAGCUUCUUAUGGGAGAUCGGAUCGAGAACUCUCCUUAUAGGUUUAAAAUGUUUAAGAAUGAGAGUGAGAUCUUUCUAUGUCAGACUGAGAAACUCUCUGGUGAUAGCUUUAAACUGUUGAAGGAGAGGAUCGAUGAGAUGUAUCAAGUUAACCCGAUGCUUGACAAUUUGCCUGCGAAUCGGUACACUAAGAAGGAUGGGUAUGUUCUGAGGUGGACUGGGUAUCCAGUUGGGAUCAAGGUUCAGGAUGUCUACUAUGUGUUCAACCACUUGAAGUUUAAGGUUCUUGUUCAUAAAUAUGAAGAGGCUAAUCUUGCUGGUGUGAUGGGUACUGGGGAUGCAGCUGAGGUGUUUCCGACGGGCGAGAAGAAAAAUCCUGAUGAGCUCGGUUAUAUGGUUGUUGGGUUUGAGGUGGUUCCUUGUAGCUUUGCUCACAAUGUUGACCCGAAGAAGAAACUGGAGAUGUACGAGAGAUACCCAACUCCGAUCAGAUGUGAUUCUACUAGUGUAUCCAUGUCUGUCAAGGAAGGCCAGUCCAUUGUCUUCUCCUAUGAAGUCAGUUUCGAGGAGAGUGACAUCAAGUGGCCAUCGAGGUGGGAUGCAUACUUGAAGAUGGAAGGUUCAAAGGUUCACUGGUUCUCCAUCUUGAACUCACUUAUGGUGAUCACUUUCUUGGCUGGUAUCGUCUUUGUGAUAUUCUUGAGAACUGUUAGGCGGGAUUUGACCACAUAUGAGGAGCUGGACAAGGAGGCUCAGGCUCAGAUGAACCAAGAGCUAUCUGGGUGGAAGCUUGUCGUGGGUGAUGUUUUCCGUGCUCCAUCAAACCCCUCGCUCUUGUGUGUCAUGGUUGGUGAUGGUGUUCAGAUUCUUGGCAUGGCUGUUGUAACUAUCUUGUUUGCUGCUCUUGGGUUCAUGUCACCGGCUUCACGCGGAACACUUAUCACGGGGAUGCUCUUCUUCUACAUGAUUCUUGGCAUUGCAGCUGGUUAUGUCGCUGUUCGUCUCUACAGGACAAUUGGCUGUGGCGAACAGCAUAAAUGGAUGUCUGUUGCAUGGAAAGCUGCUUGCUUUUUCCCGGGUAUUGCGUUUCUGAUCCUUACAACGCUGAACUUUCUUCUAUGGGGUAGCCACAGUACAGGAGCCAUUCCAUUCUCUCUGUUUGUCAUCCUCAUCCUCCUGUGGUUCUGCAUCUCUGUUCCUCUCACUCUUAUCGGCGGUUACUUUGGAGCCAAGGCUCCUCAGAUUGAGUUCCCGGUUCGAACCAACCAGAUUCCCCGAGAAAUCCCAGCUCAGAGAUACCCAUCUUGGCUUCUGGUUCUUGGCGCUGGAACUCUCCCAUUCGGGACUCUCUUCAUCGAGCUUUUCUUCAUCAUGUCCAGCAUCUGGAUUGGCCGUGUCUACUACGUCUUCGGGUUCCUUUUUGUUGUCAUGAUCCUUCUUGUGGUAGUGUGCGCUGAGGUUUCCUUGGUGCUGACAUACAUGCACCUAUGCAUAGAAGACUAUAAAUGGUGGUGGAAAUCCUUCUUUGCAUCAGGAUCCGUUGCAUUGUACAUCUUCAUAUACUCCAUUAAUUACCUCGUCUUCGACCUCCAAAGCUUGAGCGGACCUGUUUCAGCGACUCUUUAUCUUGGCUACUCGCUCUUCAUGGUCUUGGCUAUCAUGCUCGCGACCGGAACUAUUGGUUUCCUCUCUUCUUUCUGGUUCGUGCAUUACUUGUUUUCUUCGGUGAAACUUGACUGA